GGAGCCAAGUAGGAGGAAAUGGUACCGUUGGCUGACUGCUCUCAAGAAAACCGGCGACGAGCAUCCAUACCCGGCAGUUUGACAGUACGUCUUCACUGCUUUCAGCUCACCGUUACCGCAACAGCCGUCAAGCAAGAUACGUCUCUGAGGCAAACCUUGAGUCGUUCACAUAAACACAGCAACAUUAAGCUACUUAGAAACCAAAGCAACACUUGUAUGCUGCAAUUUGUGCCAAUAUCCGUGAAGGGCUCGGAGAUUAGCGGUACCUAUAAACGGCUGCAGGAUGGAGACGCAGAUACAUGUGCCCGUGGGCUCGCCGGUCAUCAGAAAAAUUCCCAUUUUCGUGGACGAACACAGCGUGACGGAGGGGGCGAUGAAGCUCAUUAAAGAGCUGAGACCGGCGUGGGACGCGAGCCUUGUCAAGACCAAGCUCUUCACUGAUGGAACCACCAACAAGCUAGUGGGCUGCUACGUGGAGGACACUCCAGAGGACGUGGUCCUGGUCCGGGUAUACGGGAACAAGACGGAGCUGAUUGUGGACAGAGACAAUGAGCUUAAAAGCUUUCAGGUGCUACACGCUAAUGGUUGUGCUCCUCGCCUCUACUGCACCUUUCAGAACGGCAUCUGCUAUGAGUUCAUGCAGGGGGACGCUCUUGGGACGCAGGAUGUCAGGGAUCCUUCACUACUCAGACUGAUAGCCAGGGAGAUGGCUCGUAUCCAUGCCAUCCAUGCACACAAUGGCUGCAUCCCCAAACCCAACCUCUGGAUCAAGAUGCGAAAAUACUUCUCCCUUGUGGCCACAGAGUUUACCGACCAAGCAUCCAACAUCAGAAUCCAGCAGGAGGUUCCCAGCAAGGCGGUGCUGGAGCAGGAGAUGGUGUGGAUGAAGGAGCAUCUCUCCACGUUGGGCUCCCCUGUGGUGCUCUGCCAUAAUGACCUUCUCUGCAAGAACAUCAUCCACAACAGUAAAGAGGGUCAUGUUCGCUUCAUAGACUAUGAAUACUCCAGCUACAACUACCAGGCCUUCGACAUCGGCAACCACUUCAAUGAAUUUGCAGGAAUGGCAGAGCUGGACUAUGGGCUGUACCCCAGUCGGGAGAUGCAGAUGGACUGGCUCCAAGUGUACCUGCAGGCAUACAAGCUCUUCACCAAGAAAACAGAGGAGGUCAGCCCGCGAGAGCUGGAGACACUCUACGUACAGGUCAACAAGUUUGCUCUGGCUUCUCAUUUCUUUUGGGGCUUCUGGGCACUCAUCCAGGCCAAAUACUCCUCCAUCGACUUUGACUUCCUUGGGUACGCUGUGCUACGUUUCAACCAGUACUUCAAGACCAAACCCACAGUGAUGGCCCUGCAGAUCCCAGAAUGAGAGGAGACAGGAGGAAGGGUGGGACCGGUUUAAUGCCGGGUCUUCCUGUAGGGUGGGAACUCUUCUCUGUGAGCCAGCUGUUGAUGGACCACUGCUUGGUCUACUACCUGGCUUCCUUUUCUGCAACAAGCGCAAUUACUCCUUCAUUCCUCCAACUUAGCUCCAUGUCUGUCACAACUGUAGCUCAAGAAUUAUCAAACUUCCAGUUCUGUGUGUAUGGGUGUGAAUGUAUGCUUGUGUAUGUCCUUAAUUUAUCUUGAAACCCGACGUCUUGCUUUCCCUCGUAGGGCAGCUGAACAAGGCGUAGUGAGCACAGCCGUCACAGAGUUUAAGGUAGAGAUCAUUGACUUAAAACCUGCUUUAUUUUUCUGUCACAAUGGCGCCAAAAUGUUCCACAACGCUGGUAAUGAAGGUCAAAAGAGGGGCUAAGAAGGGUUUGAUGCUAACAUAGACAGAUAGUUUGUCUUGUUCUCGGUGUGCUAUAUCUAUGGCUCAAUGCCAUGGCCUCAUUAUAGUUAGAAAGGUACUAUAGAGGCACUUCACCUGGGAUUCCUCAGAUUUUGCGUGUGGUGUGUACGGUGAGACCAUUCCUCCUCCUCUCUGCAGAUAUUUUAACGCUUUAUGUUCUAAUAUGUGCGGUCCUUCCUCUUUUCUCUCCAACUUUGGAACUAAGUGCUCGUAGCUGCGGAUAUUCCUGCACUGCACUUCCCAGAGAUCACCUGUGCAUCCAACACAGUGGGCGGUACCCCGUCGUCUCUUUCCUCAGAUUUUUUCCGGCCGUUGCAGUUUGAGCUUCUGUCAGUUCCUCUCCUAUUUAUUCCAAGCAACCCGCUGCUGCUGCUAGAAAUGAACAGACCUCUCUGUGUGCUAGUGGACUUUUCUCCCUGGAAGGACCCACCAGACACUGAGUGUGUGGGACAGCAAAUGGAAAAGCUUUUCACAGACUUGGCUGUAGGUUGAAUCACUCUUGUGUUAUAGCAAUCGGUGAUAGAGAGUAGCUAAAUGUGCAUUAAUUUAUUUAUGUGAAGACAUUGUGGAUUAUUUAACAUCUCAGGUGAAACAAAUCUUGAGCUUUGGUUGCUUUGUGUUGAAUAGAGACGUGAAGGAGGAGGGGAGGUAGAUGUUGGUUAAAAAGAGGGGACCUGUGUAAAUGUCACUCUGUGUGCAUUCUGUCCUUCAACCGUUUUUCCACCUUCUUGACUUUUAUGGUUACAGCGAGUCGCUCUGUUAACUUUCCAUUUAAA